AUGCAGUGUCAAGUAAACGCUCUGGGGACGUUCCUUUGUCCGUUAUGCUGUUUUAAUCACACAAGAGAAAAGCUCGUUGGCUUCAUCUUUAUAAAGUUAUACAUUCAAGAGGAAUCAAUGUCGUUUCUUCGUUGGGUUACUGACAAAUUGAGUGUGGAGAGCCUGUGGGACUUGGAGUUUUUUGGAGAGCAAGCUCAGGGACUCUCUCACAGGAAAGCCGAUGAAGACAGCGCGGAGAGUCUGACCUCGCUGCCACGCCGGGACACGAUGGGCAGCUUCCUCCCCGACAGCAGCGCCUACGAGCCUCUCACCGUCAUAGGCCACGGUCUGGAUCAGCUGAUGACCGUAAACUUGGCUCGGUACAGACCCACUGGGGAACAUGUGGCCAUACGCCGUAUCAAUCUGGAGUCCUGCACCAAUGACAUGGUCAUGUACCUGCAGAGUGAACUGCAUGUGUCCAAGUUGUUCCACCAUCCCAGCAUUCUCCCUUACAAGAGUAUUUUUAUAGCAGAAAAUGAGUUGUGGGUCAUCACCCCCUUCAUGGCUUAUGGGUCAGCCAGAGACCUUGUCUGCUCCCACUUUGCUGAUGGCAUGGCAGAGUUGACUAUUGCAUAUAUUUUGUUGGGGAUGCUCAAAGCCCUGGAAUACAUCCACCACAUGGGAUAUGUCCACAGGAGUGUGAAAGCCAGUCACGUGCUGAUCUCUGCGGACGGCCAGGUCUGCAUGUCCGGCCUGCGCAGCAUUUUCAGUCUGAUCCGUCACGGGCAAAGAGUGCGAGUGGUCCACGACUUUCCCCAGUACAGCAUCAAGGUCCUCCCCUGGCUCAGCCCCGAAGUGCUUCAGCAGAACCUUGAGGGCUAUGACUCCCGGUCCGACAUUUACAGCCUUGGCAUCACAGCAUGUGAGUUAGCCAAUGGACACGUUCCCUUUAAAGACAUGCCUCCUACACAGAUGCUGUUGGAAAAGCUGAACGGCACAGUGCCCUGUCUGUUGGACACCACCACGAUCCCCCCGGAGGAGCUGUCCCUGAAGCCCUCUCGCUCUGGGGCCGACUCUGGGAUCUGUGAGGGUCCUGUCGCCGGUGGAGUGAGGCACACCAACGGAGACCAUGGGUCCUCCUCCGGGGGACACCCCUACAACCGCACCUUCUCCCCCCACUUCCACGCCUUCGUAGAGAUAUGUUUACAGCGCGACCCAGAGAAAAGGCCGUCUGCCACAACCCUGUUAGGCCAUCCGUUCUUCAAACAGAUCAAACGCCGGCCGUCUGAGGCGCUCCCUGAGCUUUUGCGGCCCAUAACUCCCGUCACCAGUUACGACCCAUCCAUCCCACAGGACUCCCCCUCGGCUCUGGCCAGCCUGGAGUCCAGCCUCAGUCACCUGGAUGUGGACGACUGGGAUUUCUGA